GUGCUGAUGGGGAAACAGACCGAGCUGCGUGGCUAAGCCAGGCAGCCAUGGGGUGCUGCUGAGCACCUCACCGUCUCCAUGUUUGUUUUUUAUGGAAGGGAAGCUGAGCUGGACGCAAGAAUCUGAGUCCUCGGACCUGUGUCUUGAUGAAAUCCCAGAAUGCAUCUGUCCCAUACCAGGCUGCGACAUCUCCGACCUCCCUCCAGAGGUCAGCGGCCGGUCCAGGGUGGCCGGUGGGGAGGAGGCUGUCCCCGGCUCCUGGCCCUGGCAGGUGUCCCUGCAGUACGAGAGCGGCUACCACUUCUGCGGGGGCACGCUCAUCAGCGAGGACUGGGUGCUCACCGCCGCCCACUGUUUGCUCGAGUAAGGCCGGGCGGCCCGGGGCCUCCGCGGGGCGGAGGAGGGGAGCGGGCGCGCUCCGCGCUCUCCAUCGCACCGCUCCGUGUCUCCCUCCGUGCCCAG